AUGUCAAUGUUCAACCCCGCUUUGCUGGGUCUCAGUCAUCACAUUCUCCAAAGGAGAGCUGUUCGGCUAACACGGGAAUCUCGCUAUCUGGUACAGUACAUACUCAAUCAAUGGCGCGAGAAGCCUCCUUCUAAGGAAGAAUUUAAGAAGGAAGUGGAUGAAUUCUACAACGUCUUUUCCGGACUCACCGAUUUGCUGGAAGUAAAUGUUGAAGGACUAGCGCGAGUCGAUGGAGCAGGUGCUGCCCAACGCAAUGCUCUUCACCGCAUCACAGAUGCAUUUAAUGCUGAACUAAACAAGCUUCAGAACCCUGAAGACUGCUCAAAAGCCAAACACUUGGUUGUGGAUUUUAACAAGGGUUGCGGUUUUGGCUGCCAAAUUCAUCACGCCUCUCAUUGCUUUCGUCUAGCCAUCGCCUCAGGCCGUAUCCUCCAUCUCAGGAGUGACAAACUGACCUACUCAGAACAGGGCUUCGUUUCUGUGUUCCAACCACUCACCAAAUGUCCCCUUCCCGAGACAGAAUCUGAGAUCGUGGACGUUCUUUGGGGAUCCCCUGGCUUUGAGACCGCCAUCUCUGUCUUCUGUCCCAUUGUGGAAGAGUUGGCACAGGUCCCCGAAUACGCCCACCCCGCAGUUCCAACAUCAAUCGCUGAACCACUAAAUCAUCUCCAUGGCGCGCCGUCGGUUUGGGUUUCUGGACAUCUCAGCGCUUACCUCAUGCGUCUUCAAGAUGGAGAAAUUGCUACCUCUAUGGAUAAGCUUCUCAAGAGUAUACGAGACCCUACAGAUCCUGCCCCAGUGGUAGGAGUUCAUGUCAGACGAACAGAUAAGAUAAAUACUGAAGCGAAGUAUCACAAGUUUGAGGAGUAUAUGUACUACGUGGACCAGUAUUACAACAAGCUCGACGCAGAACGUACUAUCAGCGCGCAAACAGAGGGAUGGCGAGGAGAUGACGCCUCCAUUCCAAACAAACCAUACAAGCGACGAGUCCUCAUUGCGACGGAUGAUCCGCAUGUUUUCAAAGAGGCUCGAGAUCAAUUUGGUUCCAAAGUGGAUUCUGAUGGACAACCACUUUAUGAGUUUAUUGGUGAUGCUCACCGGGCAGAGUCUGCAUCCCUUUCCACCCGGUACACUCACGGGUCACUACUCGCUGUCGUGGCUGAUGUUAUCGCUCUUUCUCACACAGAUCAUCUAGUCUGUACAUUCUCUUCACAGAUUGGCCGUCUUGCCUACGAGUUGAUGCAGACCUACCCACUGGAGCUUGGUGACGCAUCCAUGCGCUUCCAGUCCCUUGACGACUCCUAUUACUAUGGUGGUCAACAGCAGUGGUAUCAAACUGCCAUUGUUGACGACAAGGCGACCAAUAUAAAAGCCGGCGACAGAGUCGGAGUUUUAGGAAACCACUGGAAUGGCUAUGCAAAAGUAAUCCUUCCCAAAUCGUCGAAAGAGGCUCUCCUUCCAGCAUACAAAUUUGAGUCCGACUUCAAACGGGUUGACUUUCCAGGAUUCAGAGUCAAUGCAUCGUCAUUACCAUAA